AUGAUGUUCGUGGGUUCGCUCCCGGGGUACGUGGUGGCCGGCUGGCUCGUGCGGGCCAUCGGGCGGCGGCGCUCGAUGAUGCUGUCCGCUGUGCCCGGCGUGGCGGGCUCCCUCUCCAUUGCCCUCGCCCUCAACACGCAGAUGAUCCUCGUCGGCAGAUUUCUUGAGGGUACGUCCUACGGCAUGUUGGGCGUCGCCGUGCGGCCGUACAUCGUCGAAAUCGCCGACACGGACAUCCGCGGGUCGGCCGUCGUCGUCGCCAACUUCAUGCUCCAGAUCGGCAGCAUGAGCGUGGUCAGCCUCGGGAUUCCGCUCAAGUGGUACCAAGUGUCCUUUUUCAGCUGCGCCGUCUACGCCAUUUACGGGCUGCUGUUGGUCCCUUUCCUGCCCGAGAGCCCGACCUUCCUCGCCGUCACCAACAAGGACGAGAAAGCCAAGAGCGUCCUUAGCCGGCUCCGAGGCACCGACGUCGACGUGGAAGGAGUCCUGCGCGAUCUCAAGAAGCAAAACGAAUCCGUCGGCAACACGUCCAGCUGGAGGGUCCUCGUGAGCCCGGCGAUCCUCAGGCAGGAGUUGAUUCUGUUCGGGCUCUUCCUGAUAUCGAAUUUCACCGGCGUUGAGGUCAUCAAGGCCAACACCUCCAGGAUCUUGCAGUCAGCCGGCGUGUCUUUGGACAUGGAAGUGAGCACCAUCAUGGUCGCGGGCGUCCUGUUCUGCGGGAAUUUCUCCAUGAUGCUCCUUCUGGAUCGCGCAGGACGUCGGCGAUGUCUGAUGCUGUCCGUGUCCCUCAUCGUGGUUGGUUACUGCAUUUUAGGAGCUUUUGAUUUCCUCAACACGCGGGCGACUGACAUUCUCGCGGCGCCAGAGGUACCUGUGGUAGCUAAAGCGAACGCCUCCGUGACCUACUACGCCGGGGUCGUGUCGACGCAGCGCACCACCUGGGACUGGGUUCCCUUGGCCUCCCUCAUGCUCACUGCUUUCGGCCAGGCCCUGGGCUUAGGCCCGAUUCCUUGGAUCCUUUCUUCUGAGUAUUUUCCUACGUCUAUCCGAUCUCAGGCAAUGGGCCUCUGCACGUUGAUUGGCAGCCUGCAGUCCUUCGCGGCUCUGCAACUCUUCAGUCCAAUGCAAACGGCCCUAACUCCUGCAGGACUCUAUUGGUGCUACGCCUGUACUGCGGCCGUAGGAUUGCCUUACGUCUUCCUGUUCAUUCAAGAGACGAAGGGGAAGUCUGUAGGAUAAAGAAAUCUCCUGUGUUACUCCGUCGUCGAGAGAGAUUUUGUAAUUGUUGUAUGAUUGUAUUGCAAUUGUUUACUUAUUUACUCCUUCACUUGAUGUUGC